AUGUUAGAAGCCUUCGAAGUAUUGACUACCUCCGGGGUGGUGCUUUGGUCAAAGUCGUAUGCGCCGGUCGGAGCGCAUGUAGUCAACAGCCUAAUCAACGAUGUCUUCAUUGAGGAGAAGGUUCGAGCUCUAAAUCAGGCAACCAGCGGUGCAGCUCCUAUAUACAAGAAGGAAAAGUAUACUCUGAAAUGGAAGCAAGUCAAGGAUUUCAAUCUGAUCUUUGUGGCUGUGUAUCAAUCUCUGCUACACCUUGGUUGGAUCGACAAACUCUUGGAUAAUAUUUCGACUAUAUUCAUUGACUUAUAUAAGGAUGAGCUGAGGAGCGCACGCGCUAGGAUUAUUGAGUACCCGUUCGACAAGUACUUCGACCAGCAGGUGCGAGAGCUUGAGGACAAUGCUGGGGCUCCUACAUCAGAAACUCUUGUAGCAGAGGUCAAAGAGAAAAAGGACCCUCUUGUUUCAUCAGAUAAUGGCGGGCCGCCUCCGCCGCCCGUGCCUGGUCUGCUCAAAGCGCAACGUCCAGUUGCGCAGGGCGCGGCGACCUCGGACGAGGGUUCGCCACCCCAGACCCCAGAUCUUUCUCGGUCGUCAACGCCCAUUUCAGGUCAUCUGUUGACCGCCAAGGGAGGGCCUGCUGGCCGCGCCUCUCGACGCGCACGCAAAGCGGCCAACGCCAGCGCUACUGCUUCUUCUGGAGAUGAAAGCACUCGGAAGGGGAAAACACCAAAAAGCGGGAAAAAGAUGCGCAAGUGGGAUGCUGAUGGCUUCGCGGAUGAGGACGAUGGCAAGGUCCUCGAUUACUCCGCACCUGCAGAUGGCGAGGACGCACCGGCUCCAGUAAUAGAGGCUGUCACGCAAGAAUCCUGGGGACGCCGAACAGGCAAGGGCCAAUUUGUCCUGAAAGAUCUAGGGGAUGAAGUCCAUUCCAUUCUUGAGAAUGCCGAUCAUGAAAAGGCAAAAGCUUCCUCGUCUACGGGCCUUGUUGGGUCAGGAGUCAACGCACUUGGCGGAUUUUUCCGUAAUAUUGUCGGCGGCAAAGUCCUCACUGAGGCUGACCUGGAGAAGCCCUUGAAAGCUAUGGAGGACCAUUUGCUGAAGAAGAACAUUGCGCGCGAAGCGGCAGUCCGUUUAUGUGAAGGCGUCCAGCGAGAAUUAGUCGGCAAGAAGACAGGCAACUUUCAAAGCGUUGAUGCAGCGUUGCGCUCCGCAAUGGAGUCCUCGUUGCGCAAAAUAUUGACACCUACGUCAUCCCUAGAUCUAUUGCGUGAGAUCGAUGCCGUUAGAUCUCCUACGAGCAAAGGACAGGCUCCUCGCCCAUACGUCAUCUCCAUUGUGGGCGUCAAUGGUGUUGGAAAGUCGACAAAUCUGGGCAAAAUCUGUUACUUCCUUCUCCAGAAUAACUAUCGUGUUCUCAUUGCAGCGUGUGACACCUUCCGCUCUGGAGCAGUGGAACAGUUACGAGUCCAUGCUCGCAAUUUGAAGGAACUUAGUGCUCGAGAGAAUGCUGGAGAAGUUGAACUCUACGAGAAGGGAUACGGGAAGGAUGCAGCGAAUGUAGCAAAGGACGCGGUGGAGUACGGUGCGGCGAAUCAAUUCGAUGUUGUCUUGAUUGAUACUGCCGGUCGCCGUCAUAACGACCAACGCCUUAUGUCUUCGCUUGAGAAGUUUGCGAAGUUCGCCAAACCGGAUAAGAUCUUUAUGGUCGGUGAAGCACUAGUCGGUACGGACAGUGUGAUGCAGGCUCGCAACUUCAACCAAGCCUUCGGCACUGGAAGAAACCUCGAUGGGUUCAUCAUCAGUAAAUGUGAUACCGUUGGUGACAUGGUAGGUACUCUCGUCAGCAUGGUGCAUGCAACAGGAAUUCCUAUUGUUUUUCUGGGCGUGGGCCAGCACUAUGGUGAUUUGAGGGGCCUAAGUGUGCCUUGGGCUGUCAAUCUGUUGAUGAAGUGA